CGUAGCGGAUCGUGAAUAUCUCUUCCUUGCCCGGACAAGGACUUAUCACGAAUUUUAAACAGUAGGCAGACGAGCAGUGCGUCGAUGUAACUACGUUGCCACUGAUUUCACGGUGUUUGGCAGUGCCUUUGCUGUUCACGUGCAUGUACUAUGCUUCAGACUUACUAAGACAGAUAUGUGGACCAUUUUCACUGGUUUUUCUUCACUGAUUGGAGUCGUAGUUGUAAUUUUGGUAAUCUGUUCAUGCUGCCCAGGUUGUAAUCUGUAUAAGCGAAGAAACAACUGGACUGUUUACAAGCGCUUUGGGAGGGGUGAUACCUCAUCUGGGCGAAAAAAGAAGGGUAGUGUUAACAAAGGUGUCAAAAACACAAAAACUUCAGUGCCGUCGUUAAACCAGAUACCGUCUGUGACAGUUGUUGCAAGUCAACCUGUGCAACUGAAUUUUCCCCAGUCGUAUGCUCCAGAACAAAUUAUGGGGCACGCUGUGUACAAUCAAUUACCUCAGCCACAAGCUGUCAAGCAGUCUUCGGAGUCUCCACCACACAGUAUUGUAGCAGUUACAUAUGAUUCUCAUCGUAUACAGCUAGCACAUAACCCAAUAUACCGACAGUAAACCAAAUCUCAGCAGAAGUAUUUUUAAUAUUUCGCCCAGUACAGUGGUAAAAUGUAGGUACAAAAGUUAAGACGUCAUGAUCAAAGAAGACUGUGUGAUAUAUUCUUACGAAUAGAAGAAAGUAUUUCUUGGAAAAUACGAAGAUAUAAUUAUUACUGCCCUAUAUUUAAGUUGCUGAGAGAAAGCGAUGCGGGGUGUUAUUUAAGGAGUUAAGAAUAGGUAAUAAAAACAUAUACUAUAAAAAUCACAGUAUUUAUUUUAAUACUGUUUUUUGCAACCUAGUAAUAUUAGUACAUAUUAGUUUUACGUAGCACUGAAGUGUACUUUCAAAGUCUGAAAACGGAACAGAUAGUUGAAAUUGAAUAACAAUCGAAUUACAAAAGUCCUGGAUGUAGUCUUCCCUCCAUUUGUCAUCAAACACCUGCAGUACUACUCCUUAGUUGCACAAAACAGUUAUGUUUAAGGACUUAAAUAAUUCAAAUUGAGAACUAUUUAACAGUACAUUGUUACAUGUAUGUUUAUAUACACUAAGUAAUGAAAACCUACUUUGUGCCAUGCUCAUGAUUCAAACUACCAGGUGUUCCUCAUGUAUGAGAACUAUUUGUUUUCAUUAAUUCGCGGAUACCCUUCAUUACUACAAAAACACAAAAUUGUGUAAUGGUUCUGUGAAGGCAGGUAAAAGAUUUUCGAAAAAUAAAUCACAUUGUAAAAGUAAUUUAUGAGAAAUAACUCUGGACAAUGUUAGUGAAUGAAUACUGUGGUUGUACAGAUCUAUUACUAAUUUCUGUUAUACAGAGAGCUAGCACUAGCAAACCAUCACUGAGGGGUAUCUUUCAAGGAAAUGUAUUACCAUUAAAUUAAUAUUAAUAUUAUUGUUAUGUAAAUACUAUUAUUAUUAUCAUUAUUGUUAAUUACACUACAAUGUGUCAUAUAAUAUUGUUCGUCAAAAUUCAAUUUUUGGUAACCUUCCUGUACUGACAUUAUUCCACAGAAUGUAGCAAAUCGUAUCAGUGAAUGUGUGCAGAGGAUCAUGGAUGAUGAGUUAACUAACGCAUUUGAUUGUGUGAUCUAAUACAUAAUGCUGUACCCCCAUGAGGAAAUAGCUCUCGAAGAAUAAGGUGUAAUGAAAUUAUUUUGUAGGCUCAUUUUCUCAAGAGCAUAAUUUUUCUAGCUCUCAAAUAGUUC